AUGUUAUCAAAUGAUCUCGAUAAAGAGAAUGAAAAGGCCGUUGCUUCUAUAACUUUGGAAAAUGUCCAUGAAUUAGCCAAAAGCAAUGAUUCAAUCACCGAGAAACAAAGUAAAGACUCGAAACUCGAUGAAAAUCCUGAAGCAGCAUAUGCAACAGGACUGAAAUUGACCAUGAUUGUGGUCAGUCUUCAACUGACAAACUUCUGCAUCGCCAUUGACAACACAAUAAUUGCCACAGCUAUACCUAGAAUUACCGAUGACUUCAAAUCCUUGGGCGAUGUAGGAUGGUACGGUUCCGCCUACUUGCUAUUUGUUUCGGGAUUCCAGCUAUUCUUCGGGCGACUCUACAGUUUCUUGAGCAUGAAAUGGCUUUUCAUUACCUGCGUCUUAGUUUUCGAAAUCGGAUCCUUGACCUCCGCCGCCGCCCCUAACUCAUCUGUAUUCAUCGCCGGUCGAGCUAUAUCUGGGUUCGGUGCUUCUGGGAUUUUUACGGGCGCACUCACUACCAUAUCAACGAUUCUGCCACUCGCGAAGCGCGGUCUGUUCAUUGGGCUCAUCACUGCCGUCUAUGGUGUGGCUAGCAUAGUUGGACCAUUGGUAGGAGGUGCUUUGACUGAUCACGCGUCUUGGAGAUGGUGCUUCUAUAUCAAUCUACCUCUUGGUGGAUUCACCAGCCUAAUUCUGGUAUUGUUCCUUCAUCCUCUAAAGUCACCGCCAAAAGAAACCAAAACCUGGAGAGAAAAAGUUCUCCGGUUCGACCCACUCGGCACGAUCUUGUUCGCACCAUCAAUUAUAUGCCUCUUACUUGCACUUCAGUGGGGAGGAACAACCUACGAAUGGAGAAAUAGUCGAAUCAUCGCCCUCUUAGUGGUGUUUAGUGUUCUUCUUAUUGGUUUCGCAGUAGUCCAACCAUUGAUGGGCGAUAAUGCGACUGUGAACAAGAAAGCUGUGACUUCACGUCACACUUUAUGCGCCGCGCUCUACUCUUUUUGCGUCAGCGCCUCUUUCUUCGUCAUGGUGUACUUUAUUCCGAUUUGGUUUCAGGCUAUUCGUGGGGCUUCUCCAGUACAAUCUGGAAUUGAUCUUUUGCCAUUUAUGAUUAGUAUCAUCGGAAGCAUCAUGCUUGGUGGUUGGGCUUGUAGCAAGAUUGGCUACUACCAUAUUUUCAUGUUUGCACCCAUCACCCUCGGAGCAGCUGGUGCUGCGCUGAUCUACACGUGGGACAUCGAUACUUCCACGAGCAGAUUAAUAGGAUAUCAGAUUCUCUAUGGCGUUGGUAUUGGACUUGGUUUACAGCAAGCCUUUGUAGCUGUCCAGGCAGGUUCAAACAUCGAUAUACCUAGCGGCAUAGCACUUUUGUGCUUUAGUGAGAACUUCGGUGGCGCUGUCUUUGUCAGUGUAGCCCAGAACCUUUGGGCCAACAAGCUUGCACAGAAGCUAGGUCACAUUACCGGUAUAGAUGCAGCUGAAGUCGUCAAGACAGGGGCAAUAAAAAUUACAGCCCUGACGCAAGAUCCUGAAACACUAAAGGUAAUCAGAGCUGCUUAUAAGGAUGCUCUGCGUCAGGCAUUCCUGGUUGCUCUUAUCCUGCUAGGCAUUGCAAUGAUCGGCACUCUUGGAGUUGACUGGAAGAAUAUAAAGGCAAAAGACGAAAAUGGGGAUAAGAAAGAUACUCCCAAUAAUGAGGAGGCUAAAGAAGACGGAAAUGGAGGAGAGGUUAAGGUAUCUAUAUAG